GAGAGGCAGAAACAGAAGACAGGCUUGUGGAGAGAAAGAGAGGGAGAGGAAGGCUGACAGGUGCAAAAAAAAAAAAAAAUCUGCUGUUGAAUAUCAUCACCUGUAACCUGCUCUGCAUCCUAUCCUGGCAAAGAUGAACCACAACCCUGGUGAAAAAGAUCCUGAGACCACAGAGCCACUGCGCUACCUCAGUAAAACAGAGAUGGCUGCCAUUGUAACAGAACUGCUCACAGACUAUCGUUUUGGACAGCAGCAGCUGAUUGAGAUUUGGGGUCAUGCCUGUGCUGUCGCCAUCACCAAGGCCUAUCCUCUGAGCUCUCUGGCCAAGAAACAACCUACAGUCCUGGUUAUUUGUGGGCCAGGACAAAACGGUGCCAUAGGCUUGGUGUGUGCUCGACAUCUGCGCAUAUUUGAAUAUGAGCCCACAAUCUUUUAUCCCAAACGCUCCCCUGAUAACUUACAUCAGGACUUAACCAUUCAGUGUGAGAAGAUGGACAUCCCUUUCCUUUCUUAUCUUCCAACAGAGGUCCAGCUCAUAAACGAUGCCUAUAAUUUGGUGAUUGAUGCAAUCGUGGGCCCAGAAAUAGACCUUAAAGAUGUAAGAGAGCCCUAUUCUGGAAUAUUGGUCACCCUCAAACAGGUGAAGAUCCCUAUUGCGAGUGUGGACGUGCCCUCAGGCUGGGAUGUAGAUGAAGCAGGUAAAGACGGGAUCAAUCCAGAGGUUCUCAUCUCUCUAACGGUGCCCAAGAAGUGUGCCACAAGUUUCUCGGGGAAGCACUUUCUAGCCGGACGUUUUCUUCCAUACGACAUGCAGAAAAAAUAUGAACUUAAUCUGCCUGAAUUUCCAGGCACCGAAUGUUUUAUAGAACUGUAACACUGGUACAACAGAAAACAUUUUGGAUAUGUAUGAAUUAUGUAUACACAUUCAUAUUUUGUACCUAUUAGGUUGUAACUGUGGUAAAAUGUGUAGAGGUCUGUGCACAGAGACUGUCAUGGUGGCUGGAUAUGAUGUGGGUAUGUGCUUAGGUAAAAGUGCAUUAAGUUAAGAGCUUAAGUUAUUAUUUUUUGUUUGCUUGAAAAUUUCAAUUCUAUUCUGUAUGUUUUUCUUGAUAUAUUUAUGCAAUUUCACAUGAUAGAAAAUAUUCUGACUGUUCUGACAAUUGGUCACAGCUUUUUUCCCUUCAUUAAAUUUCAUGUUAUAAAAACCCCUCAAUAUCCCUUAGCAUUAGAGUUUGUAUUAGACAUUAAAACUGGACAAUGCAUUAAAUUAUUCUAUGUACUACAUACACAUAUCCGUUUUUUUUUUUUUUUUUUUUUUUUACAUUAUAUUUGCAUUAUAUAUUAAUGGUACUGUGCCGAAGUCUUGAACCACCCCUUAUUUUUUCAUAUUAAAUAUUAAUUUAAAUAAAUGGGGAAAAAAGUUUUACUGCAAUAAACAAAAUUGGUUGUUUUUGUAACAACCUCAGCAGCAACCUCAUUUCCCCUCUUGUCUAUUUCUACCACUCAGCAUUCAAAUCAUUACACUCAGUCAAAAAAGACCUUCAGGAAGCCUGGAGAACUUGUCCUUAAAAUACCAGAAAAUCUGCUGUUUGGAGGCAAAAUAAAUAUGGAAGACUUUUGCGCAGUACUAUGUAUAUAAUUAUUAUUUUUUUUAUUAUUAUUAGAAACUUGGCACAAGGUCCCUAGAGGUACCACUAGGUACUUUUAUGGUUAAACAGUGAAUAGAUUGGUUUAUAGUUUAUUAGUUUGAAUAGGAUGUGUUUAAAACCAGUUUAGAUCUCAA